AUGGAGGCAGCUCGUGGCAGCGGAGCCAAGCACAUCAUUCUCGUCCAUGGCGCGUGCCACGGAGGCUGGAGCUGGUACAAGGUGGCGUCUCGGCUGCGAUCAGGGGCGGCAGAGCUCAGCUACCACGUCGCAACCCCGGACCUCGCUGCGUCGGGGAUCGAUGACCGCCGGCUGUUGGAGGUGCCGACGUUCCGCGACUACACGGGCCCGCUGCUCGACGUGCUACGGUCGCUACCGGAGGGUGAGAAGGCAGUGCUCGUCGGCCACAGCCUCGGGGGCCUGAGCGUCGCGCUCGCAGCGGAGCUGUUCCCGGAGAAGGUCGCCGCCGCGGUGUUCCUCGCCGCUUUCAUGCCGGACUGCGUGUCGCCGCCAUCGGAGGUGGUUCUUAAGAAUGGUGCGCGCAGCAAGUAUACCCCGUUGGACAAUGAGAUGCAACCCCAAGAUGCAGAGGGAAAACUCCCAUCUUCCUUCAUGUUCGGGCAACAGUUUACAGAACAAAUGUUGUAUCAGUUGUGCUCGCCUGAGGACCUCACACUUGGGAAAUCUCUCAUGCGAAUCGGCUCCCUCUUCCUGGAAGACCUGCAAAUCCAGCCGCCAUUCACCAAGGAUCACUAUGGAUCAGUGCGUAAGGUCUAUGUUGUCUGCAAGCAAGAUGAGACCAUUCCUGAGGAGCACCAGAGGUGGAUGGUGGCGAACAAUCCGGUGGAUGAGGUCAUGGAGAUCGACGGUGCGGAUCACAUGGCAAUGCUCUCUACGCCCGACCAGGUUGUGAGGUGCAUCAUUGAUGUUGCUAAAAGAUACAAUUGAAUCGAAUGGUGUCAAU